AUGGCUAAAUACGACUACAAUCCAAAGUAUGGGUUAGAAAAUUACAGCCUCUUCUUGCCGUUUGAAACAUCAUUCGAUGCAUACCGGUCAACGUCAUGGAUGCAGAAUCACUGGUAUCAAUCGAUCACUGCUUCUGCUGUUUAUGUAGCGGUCAUUUUCACUGGAAAGAAGAUCAUGGAAAAGUACAAGCCAUUCCAACUGGACACACCACUUUUCGUCUGGAACUCAUUUUUAGCCAUUUUCUCAAUACUCGGGUUCCUCCGAAUGACACCUGAAUUCAUUUGGAGUUGGUCAGCCGAAGGCAAUUCCUUCAAAUACUCCAUUUGUCAUUCUUCAUAUGCUCAAGGAGUUACUGGUUUCUGGACUGAACAAUUUGCCAUAAGCAAGCUUUUUGAACUCAUUGACACCGUUUUCAUUGUUCUUCGUAAACGACCACUCAUCUUCCUUCACUGGUAUCAUCAUGUUACUGUUAUGAUUUACACGUGGCACGCAUACAAGGAUCACACCGCAUCGGGACGUUGGUUCAUCUGGAUGAAUUACGGAGUUCACGCACUCAUGUACUCAUACUACGCUCUCCGCUCUCUGAAAUUCCGUCUUCCAAAGCAAAUGGCAAUGAUUGUUACCACUCUUCAACUCGCUCAAAUGGUCAUGGGAGUUAUCAUCGGAGUCACUGUGUACCGAAUUAAAUCGUCAGGAGAAUAUUGCCAACAAACAUGGGAUAACUUGGGACUUUGUUUCGGAGUUUACUUCACUUAUUUCCUUCUUUUCGCAAACUUCUUCUAUCACGCUUACGUCAAGAAAAAUAACAGAUACACCGAAGUCAAGAAAGACAAGAAGAAACAGGAGGAAGCCCCAAUCGAAAUUCUGGAGCCAAAAGAAGAUAUCAACGCAAACAUCGCAGAGCCAAUCACAACGAGGUCUGUUGCUGCUCGAAGAAAAGUUCAAAAAGCUGAUUAG